AUGGCUGAUGUCUAUUACGCGUUGAAUGGCGGCGGCUUGACAGGCUCCCCUCUUGACCCCGCAAUCACAGAGUUACCGUGGCUUGACAAAAACGACGUUCUCAAGCGCCAGAACCCAGGCACUUACGACUCUGGGUCGCGAAUUACUGCUAUUAUUCCGGCGUUUCAACGACGACCUGUGCAACCAGCAACAGUCACAUUGGAUGUGAAGGAUACAUCAGAACGAGGUGCUUUACUUCAUCGUCUUGCACCUCAACAUCUUCAGACGAGCUAUGUUGCGGGAUGUUUCACUGCUGUUUCGACUGACAGUGACAGCGAUGAGUUUACUCUUUAUCCCUUUUGUACGACAGCGGAUAUCGAAGUCACCAUGUAUAAAGCUCUCAAGGGCGUAUCGGCUACCGCCGAGACGUCAUCAGAAUCUAGUUCCGAGACUGUCAGCUCAGAUGGCGGAUUAACUGCCAAGACUGGAACGACUGGAGAGAGCAGAACCCAAGAGACUACCUCAUCUGCCGAAUCAGGUUCGUCAUCUGGAGCAGAUUCUUCUUCAAACUCUUCUGCCCCCAUAGGAGCCAUUGUUGGUGGUGUUCUUGGAGGGCUUGCCCUACUCGCCUUGAUUGGCUUCGGUCUCUGGUUCAUACGCCACAAAAAGCGCCAAGCAGCUCAUGGACCUCACGUCGUUCCAACAACAGAUCAGCCCCCAGUCGUGCCCUACUACCAGCAACAGCCUGUCACCCAUGCCCAAGGCGAGGCGAACUAUCAGCCUCUGGUGUCGGGGAUGUCCUCUGAGCCAAAGGCGUACUCGCCUUCUGCUAACAUGCGGAAUUCGACUUUCAAUGAACUUCAAUCUUUCCAUAAUGAAAGCCCGAAUCCAACUGGAUAUCGCUGA